UGACGGCCUCCGACUUCGGAGGUCUGACGGCCGCAGCAUCCUUAUCCCCUCGCUUAACUCCAACCCCGUGGUCCAUGGAGAUUGGAGACCUUGUCCAGGAACCUUCAAAUUCCUCCCCUGGCCCUAUCUCUCCAUCCGCGCGCUCUGCUCUCCCUGCCCGCACCCCGCAGAUCCCGAAUGGCCAUGCCUACCGCCGCCUGCAGGUCGGGGCCGGAUGCACUGCAAGCUGCGGCCCCGAGCACCGGGCUGAACUGAAGAGGUGUCGAGGUCGCCAUUAAUCCUCAACAACCAGCUGCCACCAACGCUAUAUGCUCACCAUCGCCAGCAACUUGGUGGUAAGGCUUCUGGAGCUUCACAGUAACUUCAUCUGCGCAUUCUAUUUAUGCAUGCUGCGCUGCCACCGUCUUGUCGAGCUCCGGCCACAGCCGUAGACACCACAACUACCCAUGCACCCACGGCGUUGCCUUGGACCCUGCAUGUAGAUGUUGGUCGCGAUCUGCAGUCCGCGACGAUCUUGAGCAUCUGAUGGCUGGGGUUUAUAAAUGGAAACUGGCAUCUUAUAAACAGAUGGAACGUACGAAAGUUGCAUCAGAGAGGUUGUCAUUAAGAUCUAAUAGCACCAAGCAUCACGAUACUGUACAUCUUGGUCUUGGUCAUUUUGGGAAGGAUGGCAAUCUCAUUUGUCGUUCACUUAAGUCAAUAUUAAAACCAAAGGCAAGACAGUAUGCUAUUGUCAAGGUACAUAAUAAAGAUGUUGACGAGGGUUGCAGCUCCAAAGACAAUGAGAUUAUUUCUAGUCCAUCUGAUAGGAAAGAAGGAAGUCAGCUGAGGGCACUGGAAUCUUAUUUUUCUAAAUUCAAUCCCUCUCAGCAGUUAUACUCUUUGCCUCAGAAGAAGCACAAAAGUGGUCCAUCAUCGUCAAAUGAAGUUGAUGCAAUCAUUGCUGAUGAGGAUGCUAAUUUGAAGAACAGGGCAGACUCUUUGCAGGUACAGAUUGACAGAGGACACACAGGUAUCAAGAGUAAUCAAAAUACUCCCAACGAGGUUUACAAGGAGUACUUGAUAUUUGAUGAAAAAAGUCUCCUGGACAUGCAUACAGAUGAUCAAGCGUCUGGUUUCUGUUUGACAAACUUAUUGGCUGGUGUUAAUAUUGCAGUUCUGUUAUUUGAAAUAGCAAGUCCAGUGAAAAAUUCUGAAAAUGAAUAUUUAUCCCUCCCUUUGUUGUAUGGUGCCAAGAUAAACAACUUAAUACUUUCAGGGGAGUGGUGGAGACUACUAACACCAAUGUGCCUGCACUCUGGUUUCUUACAUAUAGCCCUUGGUUGUUGGGCAUUGCUUAUAUUUGGACCUCGAGUAUGCAGGGCAUAUGGUCAAAGGACAUUUUUUCUGAUAUACAUACUUGGAGGAAUCUGUGGUAAUUUGAGCAGUUUUGUUCACACUCCUGAGAUAACCGUUUGUGGCACAGGCCCAGUAUUUUCUUUAAUUGGAGCAUGGCUGGUAUAUCAGGGUCAAAACAAGCAAGUCAUUGACAAGGACGUUUCAGAAAGUAUGUUCUGGCAGGCUGUGAUAGCUGCAGCUUUGAGCUUCUUAUUGAGCAUUUUUGGGAGAAUUGACAACUGGGCACAUCUUGGGGCGACCAUUUCUGGAAUUUUCUUUGGUUAUCUGACAUGCCCAAGUGUAGAAUUUGACAAUUCUGCAAAGAACGGUCAAAAGGAAGCCGUGGCUCUUAUUAGGCAACAAGCUCAUCCAUGCAAAUCCGCUGCAGUCUUUUUCAUAACCAUACUUGCGUUUGCUGUACUCGCCUUCGCUUAUGGGACACAAUUCAACAAUAUGGAUCUGGAAUAGGCAAAUAGCUAAGUGUUGUCAUGGUUCACUUCAUAUAUAUAUAUAUGCAUGCAUGUAGCCCGACAGCUAUAUAUUCCGGAAUGUGAAUGAGCCCGAGAUGUAAGAAAACGUUGUACACUAUAGAUCAGUUCUAUGCGUAACCAGGUUGGAAUUUUUCCAUUCCGUAUCAUGUAUACACUACAAUAGUGAAUAGUCUAGUACAGUUGGUUUUUGGAUUGGCUAGAGCUUAUCAGUGUCUGUAAGCAGGUGAAGCCACGGACGGCAUAACUAUUUGUACACUCGGUUUGCAUAAGAACCGACUGCACAUCUGCAUUUGCACCGUCGGUUGCAAGUUGUGAUAGACUCGGCGGGAAGUUUUAUGUAAUAUAAAAUAAAGUAUAGGUGAAGUACAUGUUUUUAGUAUAAAUUUUUAUCCUGUAAUUUUAUAGUUAUUGAAUUUUAUGACUAAGAGUUGGUAAUCGUGCUAGUAGUGUUUUAUCUUGGAUCACUGCAUAUGUCCCCUUGAUGCAGUUUUUGGUUGUAAUCCGAGCGGUUUGAGUUCGUUUGAGGAAACCCCAAUACAAAAUCUUAGUUUUGUCUGUA